AUGGCGAGUGGAGACGAUGCUGAGACUGCCGCUGCCGCUGGUGCUGGUGCUGGUGCUGGGGGAGCAAAGACGAAGAGGGUGGUGGGUAUGGUAACCACAGGCAUGCCCUCUCACACGACUCCAACUCGCCUCGAGAUUAGCGUGCUGCCGGGUUUCAUUCAGGCUAUCCUGCUAUCUGCCAAUCGAUAA